AUGUGCCGUGAGGACGUUGCCCCCAUCCCUCCUUCGCCGGAAUGCUACCUUGCGGCCGACACCGAGCAUUUCGCAAACCUCGGUCAGAAGUUCGAUUAUGUGAUUGUUGGGGGGGGUACUGCUGGUCUAGUGUUGGCAAAUCGACUCACCGAGCAGUCUGGCGUCACAGUUGCCGUUAUUGAGGCUGGCACCUUUCCCGAAGACGUCGUGGGAAACCGGACUCAAGUUCCAGAGUACGCAGGCUCCUUCGAUGGUCCAGAUGGAGCUGCAAUUGAAUGGGGCUUCACGACUACUCCGCAAAUUGGGCUGGAUAAUAAUGUUUUCCCUUAUUAUCGAGCAAAAGCUCUGGGCGGUUGCAGCACUAUAAACUUCAUGGCAUACUCUCAGACAUCCAAGGGCGCCCAUCAGCGGUGGGCGGACGUGGUUGGCGACCAGUCGUACACAUACGACGAGAUGUUGCAGUAUUACAGAAAGACGAUGAACUUCACUCCUCCAAAUGAAAAGGCGAGAGGGGCCAAUGCGACUGCUCAGUACAACCCGGCUGACACGGUAACUGGAGGACGGCUUGACGUCACUUAUGCGUCCUACGCCCAACCCUGGAGCACCUGGGUCGCAAAGGGGCUGACAGCCAUCGGCAUCCCGAAGGUGAACGCAUUCAUCAAUGGCAACCUCAUAGGACAAUCCUGGCAGCUGAAUACCAUAACACAAUCCGACGGCUUUCGCUCCGAUUCGGAGACCGCAUACCUGCGCCCUUUCCUCAGCCGGCCAAAUCUAGCAAUCUUCAAUGGCACUUUUGCUCAGCGCAUCCUUUUCAAUCGGGGUGCAGUAGCCACCGGUGUUCAGGUAACAGCAGCAGGUUCAACAUGCUCCAUCACCGCCAACAAGGAGGUUAUUGUCUCGGCCGGCGUCUUCCAGUCACCGCAGCUGUUGCAGGUGUCCGGAGUAGGACCAGCAGCUCUGUUACAGAAGUACAACAUCAGCGUUGUGGCAAACCGACCCGGCGUAGGCCAAGGCAUGAACGACCAUAUCACUGUGCCCAUUUCUUACCGGGUCAACGUGUUGACUUCAUCUGCGGAUGAGAAUGCGACUUACUUGGCACAAGCCGUCAAUCAGUUCAACACCCACGCCACGGGACCGCUGGCUAGUGCGGGAGGUGAUUACUUGGGAAUGGAAAAAAUCCCGCAAGCGUUGCGGGCCAACUUUUCCGCAGAGACCGUGGAAUUUCUGUCGACGUUGCCCGCAGACUGGCCAGAGGUGGUGUAUGGGAUAUAUCCAAACGGCGUCUCUGAGGCAGCUGAGUCUGUGCCGGGUGCUGAUUACGCCACCUUGCUGGCGACACUGACCGCACCUCAGUCCAGGGGCAACGUGUCAAUAGCAUCACCGAAUAUGAGCGACGCGCCGCUGAUAAAUCCCAACCUGUUCACGGAGCAGUCUGAUGUCGAUGUUAUGAUCGCAGCGUUCAAGCGCGCACGCCAGGCGCUGGCAUCCAAAGCCAUGGCCCCGGUCUUGAUUGGCCAAGAAAUCAUUCCCGGUCCGAGCGUGGAUACUGACGAGCAGAUCUUAGCGUAUUUGAAGGAGGCGCUUAACCCAUUGUACCACGCGUUCGCGACCAACAAAAUGGGAAAUGCGUCCGAUCCUAAUGCCGUCGUGGAUAGCCAUGGCAAGGUCCAUGGCGUCAAGAAUCACGUACUUGCCGAGAAGCUCGCGGAUGACAUCAAGAAUACUCAGUAUUAG